CCUGCCUUCAUGAGCGUGCGCGCCGACGCCUAAUACUGUGCGAUGGGCGACAUCUAUACUAGACCAUUCUCCAGAAACUAUAGUGGACUCGUCAAUCAGUCCGUCAUUGCGCUCGGUAUCACGGUCCUAUGCAUAUCCAGCCAUGAGUUCAUGAAGCGGAGACGGCGGGGCAAGCAGUAUCGCAAGGGGGAAGUGGGCAGUCGCGAAUCGUGGGGAUUUGGAUAUCUCUUCAACGCCAGAUCAUGGGCGAGACUACCGACUCCACUGGCUCCAAUGGGCUACCCGCUGGCAUGGGUUAAACAAGUCGUGUGGUUCCCCGAGGACAAGAUGAACGAGCUCAGAGGCCUCGACGCAACGCUGUAUAUACGAUUCCUUCGAGGCUGCUUCUGGUUCGCUCUCUGUCACUCGCUCACCACCUUCCCCAUCCUAUUCCCCAUUCAUGUCAGGUUCUCUGAAGAAUCUGUCUCAGCGAAGUCCAUGACGCGCGCCUCGAUCUCCUCCCUCGUUCUCACUACCCAUGGCCGAUCAUUGCUAUGGAUGCACAUAUGCCUGCUCAUCUGGGUCACCGUGAGCUGGAUGAUCACGCUUCUCUGGGUGUGCCAUGGUGCGUUCCGACUGCGAGCCGCGAACAUCGCCGCGACGGCGCGUCGCCUUUCAUGCCCGGAGGACGAGCGCACCGACCCCCGCGUCUACUACCCUCACCCUCACCCCCAGUACGGCUUCACAGACGUUCCCGACGCGGAGGUAGACAAGCCGAUACCUGGCCUCCGACUGCGCACUGUCAUGGUGACGAACGUUCCUCCCGCCCUGCGCAAGGAGAAGGACCUCAAGGAGUACUUCGAGUACUACAUGACACGCAAGGUCGACGCACCCGCCAUCCCGAUCAUGUCCUCCACCCGCCCCGGCUUCAUCAACAAAUCCUGCGCCUUCAUCUUUAACCGCGCGAAGCGACUACCGAAGAAGUUGCACAUCCAGCAGCAGCCCGCGCAGGCCUCCGAGAUGAAGCGUGACCGCUCUCAGGUCGGCGAGAUCCCGGUCAUCGAGAAGGUCGUUAUCGUGCGCAAGAUGACCGAGCUCGCGUCGCUGCUGGAGCGGCGGGAGGAGAUACUGCGCCUGCUCGAGACCGCGCACAUUAAGCUCGCGAAGAAGGCGGUCAGCGCGGUGAAGGACGAGCUCGAUCGGCGGGGCGCUGACAAGCCCAUACCGCCGUCGCGAAGUACGUCGCGCGCCGCACAUGUUGCGAAGAGUCGCAAGUGUGCGCCGCCAGAUCUCGAAGUCGGUGACUCGGGUCAGGCGGGCACGAUGUCGGAAGAGGAGCGCAUGGAGCUCGUCGUUAGUGCGCUGCGACCCUUCGUUGACGAGUUCGACCUUAACGAGAUCGAGGCGUCGAAGCUACGUGUUGCCAUUCCGCGGAUGGGCAAGCAUGCUUUCAAGCGGCUUCGCGCUGAAGGUUCGUCGGGUUCGGAGGAGGAUCACGAUGGCGAGACAUACCCCGCGGACGCACCAGCGGGCAGACACAAUGCAAACCACCGACCCACCGUGUGGGGCGCCCUGCUCUCGCUUCCGCGAAGUGCCCUCGACGCAUACCAGCCGCUCAUCAGCCUCUCACAUCUCUUCCGUGGCAAGACCGUACCAGCUAUCGACUACUACUCGGCGAAACUCAACCUCAUCACGUCCCUCAUCACCGAGGACCGAGCGCGCGCGGCGGUUGACUACAGCCCUGCGUCGACGGCGUUCGUCACGUUCGCGGACCCGGCGGACGCGCAGCGGGCUUGCAAGCAGCUCGCGGUGCACCCGGAGAACCCGCUGAUGUGCAUGGUGUCAAUGGCGCCUGCGUUCUCGGAUAUUGACUGGACGCGGAUGAUGAAGAGCUCGUUUGAUGCUGAGUUCGUCAAAGACUGGGUCGUCGGCAUCGGUGUCUGGGGCUUCACGAUAUUCUGGCUGUUCCCCGUGUCUCUUCUGGUUGGUUUGGUGUCCAUCCAGAAUAUCUCGUCCUUUUGGCCGCAACUUAAAGCGUACCUGGACAAACACCCCUGGGAGGAAGAAGUCAUCCAGUCCUUCCUCCCCACCAUCCUUGUCGCUCUCCUCGCGCUCCUCAUUCCCCUCCUCCUACUCCUCAUCGCCAAGAAAGCACACACGAUCACGACGCUGUCAGCCCUGCACGACCGGAUCCUCACACGCUAUUACAAGUUCCUCAUCGUCAAUGUCUUGGUCUUCUUCUGUGUCGGUACGGCCGCUGUGCAGACCAUCCUAACCUCGUUUCGGGCGGACGCGAGUGCGCCAGAUAUCCUGGGGAUUGUCGCGGAUAGCUUCCCUACCGCGGGCCCUUUCUAUGUUGGAUGGCUCAUCUUCACGACGGCUAUGCAUGCAGGGUUCGAGAUCGCCCUUUUCGGGCUACCUCUCAUACUCUAUCCGACUACAAGGAGUCAAGUAACACCGCGCAAGCGGUCCGUAGGUACUCGACCCCGCACCCUUAAUUACUACUAUUGGCUACCCAAUCACCUUCUUGUCAUCCAUGUAUUAGUACUAUUUGCAGUGCUCAAUCCUUUUGUAUUACCAUUCGGAGCCAUCUACUUCUUUGUACAAUGCGGGGUCAUAAAAAACCAACUUUUACAUGUUUAUGCCAAGAAUUAUGAAGCGAAUGGGCAGGUCCUGCUCAUACGCAUGGUUAGAUAUUCGCUGGACGGACUGGUUCUGGGCCAGGCCGUCUUCAUUGCGUACAUGGUCGUGCUGAAGAAGAGCUCUAACUUCAUCUGCGCGGCUAUUCUGAUGUGCUUUACUGUGGCGAUCAAGCUUGUUCUGACGCGGAUGAUUCGCGCUCAGUUCGAGCGCGACGACAUGGCGGAAGCGUCCGUUGUGUGCUACGGCGAUGCGCCGCCCGACGAGCACGCCCCUGAUAAUACGGACGGCAUCUCGGAAGGCGGUCAUACUCAGGAGGGCCUACUCACGACGUCGCCCAACCGGUCCUCCUUUCUGCAACGGACGUGGAGGUUACCGGGUUGGAUCAAUUUCGAGUACUCAACUAUUCGAGAGCGCAAGGAGCCUCUACACAGACGCCGCCCCAUUCCCUUCAGCACCGACAACUCGUUCAGGCGUAUUCCUUCGCGUUCGACACACCUCAACGUCGACACCGCUGUGGAGAAGCACCCCUCGAAUGAGGAGACCGAUAUGGUGGAGAGCCCGACUAGCGAUGCGGAGGCAACAGUAGUAGGGCACCUGGACACUGUCCUCAAGGAUAUGCCCAUGGCGCGGACGACAUCCCCCAAAGCAAUUCCUACCCACCUGCCGGAGGUCGUCCACGAGCGUCGCGAACGCGAAGAGCCGUUGGUCGUACGCCAUCCGCCCAUGGUACCCUGGGACGACCAGGUCACGGCGGACGUGUCCUACGAUAACCCCUAUUACACUCGCGCCAUCGCGAACGUGCUGUGGCUACCUCGAGAUCCCUUCGGCCCUCUCGAUCUCAACGACACCAUCGACUUGAAGCGGUCUCUUACCGUUGAAGAAUCGGCUGGCGAGAUUGGCACCUGGAUCGGCGUGGGACGCACGGGUACGACUCCUGGGUCAGACCAGAUCCAUACGUCUCCGCGGUCGGUCAACACGAUGCUGCCGGGGAGAGGGAUGACCUCGGUCUCCGAAAUGGACACCAUGUCGUCGCCGUCGGAGAUGGGGAUGUUGUCGACGGCGCGGAGCAACUCGUCCUUGUUAUUCCAGUACGACGGCACGGAGGACAUCGAAUUGCCACCAGGAAUUGCGCGACGAGUGGGCGAGGGCGAUAUCGAGCGGGCGCCGCAUCCCACAAGACGACGCUCAGGUAGCCGCCCGCGUACGGCCAGCCGCGGCAACGAGCUCUCAUGGGGUGCAGCUGGGCAGCGCCGUCCGAGCGUCACCAACCGCCCUAUUUUGCACUCCUGGCGCUCCUUCUCAGACGGCACAGAGUCGCGCUCCAGCAGGGUCAACCGCGCGCGCACGAUCUCCGGCAUGUCCUCUCUGCGCCCACCAACCCUCCGCAGCGGCCGACGCUCGCAAUCCACCGACGUCGAGCUCGGCAUCCGCCCCGACGCGCACGCGCAGGCCGAGUUCGUCGCCGCAGCGAACGCGUCGCGCCACUCCGUCAACUCGCACGGCCAGCCGCGCAACAUCAACAGCCACCAGGCGAUCAUGACGGAGGUGCUCGCGGAGGAGGAGGCCGCGAUGCACAGCCGGCUGCUCGAGGAGGAGCAGGAGGCGGAGGAGGCCAGGCGGACGGCGAGCAAGUCGUGGAUGACGUCCUGGCUGUACAAGAAGGCGAAGCCACAUCCGGACUCGCCGCCGAUGCCUGAGCCGCCGGAGGUGACGGGAGGGUGA